AUGGGAAAUCAGAAUAGAAAUGGUCUUAAUUUGAAUUCUUACAAUCAAACAUGGCGUCAACACCCUAAUUUCUCAUGGAGCAAUCAAGGGAAUGGUCCUAACACUACAUCUAUGCCUCGUAGGCCUACUUAUCCACCUGGUUUUUCUCAACAACAAAUCCCUAUGCCACAAGCAUCCCCACCUAGUCCAUUGGAGAAUAUGUUAAACGAUUAUAUGACAAAAAUUGAUGCAAUGAUUCAAAGUCAAGCAACAUCUAUGAGAAACUUGGAGAUUCAAAACAAGGUGCCUCCUAAAAUGAAAGAUCCAGGAAGUUUCACCAUUCCAUGUAAUAUUGGAGACUCUUAUUGUGAAUUGGCGUUGUAUGAUUUGGGUGCUAGCAUAAAAUUGAUGCCAAUGUCCGUGUUCAAGUGGUUAGGGAUUGGAGAGGUUAGACCUACAACAAUUACUCUUCAACUAGCUGAUAGAUCCCUUGCUCACCCUGACGGGAAAAUUAAAGAUGUGUUGGUAAGAGUUGACAAAUUCAUUUUCCCUGCUGACUUUAUUAUUCUGCACUAUGAGGCAAUAUAG